AUGGAAGCACCCGAGGACGCCAGUAUGAUGGAAAGCAGCUCCGAUCCUGUGCAGUUGAAGCCAUUUGAGCUCCUGGACGACAUAGCAAAUGCGGGCUCAGCCCACCUGUUCAGGCAGGUGCAGGCGGAUCUGGGGAAGCACCUGCAGGAAUUCGAGCGCGCUGGGCUGCGCACCAGUCUCAGUGUCCCUGCUGGCCUGAUCCUGGACCAGGCAGCUCUGGCAGAGGGGGGCCCGAAAUUCACAGCAGAGGACGAGCAGCGAGUGGAUGGGCAACUGGCAACUCUGCGACAGGAGAUCCAACAGGCGAGGCAAGCGCGGCAGGACGUGGAAGCACAGAUGGCAGCAAUCGAUCGGGAGAUCAAGUCAUAUGGGGACCCUUCACAGCUGGCAGCCAUCACCGAGGCGGUUGCAGGGAAGGAGAACCUGGCAGAAGACGCGCGCGCUCUGGCAGAAAAGGCCGUCCAGCUGGCGGCGCUGCUGCCACGCGUGCGCGCAAAGCAGGCGCAGCGUGACGCUGCCGCCGCUGACUCAGCAGCCGCCGCCAACUCCAAACAGGCGGCCCUGCUGGCAGAGAAGGACAUUCUGCAGCGGAAGGCGGCAGUGAGCAAAGUGAGCAUGGCCGAGCUGAGGAGUUUACGCGAGCAGCUGCAAAUGGACACAUGA